AUGCAAUCAACUGGAGAUAUAAUACUAGCAUUCAUCAGCGGAGCUCUGUUGGUGUUUGGAGUGCUGUGGAAUCUCUUCAAUCUUGCAAUAACCAUCCAUCUGCAGAGGAAAAGCAGAAGUUACCAGACACUUGAAUUCAUAAUUUCAUGCACCACACUCUCCAAUUUGUUGUUGGACUUGUCAACGAUUUGCACUGUGUAUUUUUAUGAGUUUAAAAUCUUCUGCACUACCGAGAUGGGAAGAGUCAUACCAGUGGUCUUCUUCAUCUUGUUCAGUGCCAGCGCUUCAAGUUUCUGGUCCAUUGCUUGGCUUUGUGUCUUCUAUUGUGUGAAGAUCAUCAGCCUACCCACUGCUCUCUUCAUCAAGCUCAAGAGGAAUAUCGCACUGGUUGUCAACUGGGCUCUCAUCCUCACUGUGUUUUUUUGCUUUGUCUUGUUCUGCCCAUUCUUGUCUCUUAUUCCAAUAAUGCCAGCAAACGCUACUGCUAACAACACUUACAACAUCAACAACACCCUGGGCAUGCCAUGCACCAGUCCUCGUUUCGAUUUCCCAGAGACGUUUGCCUCCGAACUUUACUUUGUUAUCUUUGUGUUAUUUCUAUGCCCCAUUCCUCUCAUAAUCAUGGUGACCACCAGCAGCCAGCUUGUGGUCCAUCUCUGCAAACACACCCAGCAAAUGAAAAGAAACCAGAAUGAGUUCCAGAGCAGAAACUCCUACCUACUGAUCUGCAAAAUGAUAAUAUCCCUGGUGGUAGUGUAUUUGUUCACCAUCAUGCUGGCAUUCAUUUACCUCCUGACUCAGGCAAAAGAUGAAAAAAUGUCUAAUGAUUUCCUUGUUUUAGAUAUGGCUUUCUACUGUGCAGCAACAGGAGUUCUGUUGACGGCCACUAACAAGAAUCUGAAGAAGAAACUUGCGUCUUUGUUCUGCUGUGGAAAGAUACAGAGGCAGAGUGAGCCGAAGUGA